AUGUUAUUAAGCCAACCAGGAGUGAGUAGGGCCGCUCUUCAGGAGGAAAAUGCACGACGGAAAGACUUCUUUACGCUGCUCUACCUCGCCCAGCGGCGUUUGUACUCCCCGACAAAUGUUGAAUGGCGACUUAUGGAGCAUUGUCUAGAUGAUAUCAACAACAAAUAUGCCGACUUCUCAUUUUUGGUGGCUUUUGCUGCGUCGCUAGCUUUGCGUAACCGAAAGGGGCGUUUUUUUAUCUCCCGCUACCGAAUUCCUCUCUAUUUGGGACUUGUGGGCUAUGAUAAUGCACUGCGCAGCACCAACCCGUGCCCUACCAUGACCUUCUGGAACUCUGUUACACUCCUUGAGAGCCCGUUGGGGGAGACUGCGCGGGCGCUGCAUGCCCCGAGCUGUUUCUAUGAGGUAAAGGAAUUUCCAAUGAGUAACAAGGACGUCGGUGAGUCGUACUUAUUUUGGCUGUGGGACAAUAGUAAGUUAAUCGUAGAGUCACUUUUUCUGAAUUCUUUUCUGCGUUCUAUUCUUGAUCAAUCGUGCUGGAAACAAGCGAGUGGCGAUACGACCGUGACAUCUCUUGUUAUAAACACUCGUUUCUCUCGGUGGUAUGUCUUCAGCUAUCAGAAGGAGGCAUACAGUGGGCAGGUGAAGCACCGGAUGAAGAUUAGUCUCCCUACCCUUAGCGGUCAGCUGGGUCUUCGUUGGUCGUACCGUAGUCGUGAGAUGAUUCUUGAGCGGGCAUCAUUUGGUGGUCAGUUGUGGUAUGGCGCACAUUUUGCACUAAUGUGGCUGUUAGGGCUGCAGGAUGGUACCCGUGUGAAGUGA